AGCAUGGUCAAAUAAACUUACUUCAGUCCUUAAAUCUCUGGGUUUCUGCAUUGCUAAAUCUAACACUUGUCUUUUUUUAUAAACAUACUCCUACUUCUACAACCAUCAUAAUGGCCUAUGUAGAUGACAUCAUUAUUACAGGAUCAUCCACCUCUGAAGUUGACACAGUGAUUUUCAAGUCAAAGACCCAUUUUCCAGUCAAAGACCUUGGACAGCUCCAUUACUUUUUGGGCAUUGAAUUCAUUCACAAUUCAGAUGUACCCUCGAAAUAUCCUGUCGAUGGAGACCUAGUUAAGCUAUGCAUUGUGGAUCACUUACAAGGGUUAGGUCUAGCCGAGCAUUUUAACGAAGAUAUUGAGAAAAUCCUUGCACAAGUUUAUAGACAUGUAUUUCUUACAUUGUUCAGUAAUCAGAAGGAUUAUAACAAACCAGAUAGGACAGAGACGGACAUUGUCCGAAAGUUAUUCAAAGAUGCAUUGGCUUUUCGGCUUCUGCGAAUGCAGGGGUAUUCGGUAAAUCCAGGAAGCUUCUGCUGGUUUUUGCAUGAACCCGAAAUCAUGGCAUGCAUUGAACAAAAUUCGGAAAGGUUCACUAGCGCAAUGUACAAUGUAUACAGAGCCACUGAUUUACAGUUUUCGGGAGAGGCUGAAAUGGAAGAAGCUAGAAUAUUUGCUCGAAAAUUACUGGAAAACAUAAGUACGACAAAUCCCAAUUUAUUUUGUUCGAAGGGACUUCAGAAUAUGAUUAAGUAUGAGUUGAGCGUUCCGUGGACUGCUCGUCUCAAUCAUCUUUACCACAGGAAGUGGAUCGAAGAGAGUAUAACUGGCCCUCUGUGCUUUGGGACGCCCUCAUUCUACCGGUUAUCCGGCCCCAUGAACAAAAAGCUAUUACAACUAGCGGUGGAAAACUAUGAAUUUCGACAAAUGAUAUACAGACGAGAGCUGGAGGAACUUAAAGGCUGGUCCAAGAAAUGGCGACUUAGCGAGAUGGGUUUUGGGAGGGAAAAGACGGUUUAUUCAUAUUUCGUAACGGCCGCUAGCAGUUGCCUUCCUUUGAAUUCAAACAUGCGCUCGGUUGCAGCAAAGGCUGCCAUAAUCGUCACUGUUGCUGAUGACUUCUACGAUAUGGAAGGUUCUUUGACAGAGCUGGAAGCCUUGACCGAUGCAAUUAGAAGAUGGGAUAGCAGAGGAUUAGAGGGGCAUGGCAAGACAAUAUUUGAUGCUCUUGAUGACUUUUUGAAUGAAAUAGCUGCAUGCUCUUACGGCCCUCAAGAGAGGACCAAAGUUGUGACGAAAUUACGAUACCUUUGGAUUGAAACCUUUGAGUCGUGGAUGGUGGAGAGAAGAUGGAGCCUAACCGGUUACAAACCGUCCAUGGACGAAUAUCUUUUAACCGGCAUGAUUUCAAUAGCAGCUCACACGAUUGCUCUUCCCGCCACUAAUUUCCUAACCCAAAACUCCACAAACGGAUCUCCAGACCCGAACCCGAAAUAUCACGUCAUCACCAAAUUGCUCAUGUCCCUUUCGCGCUUGGCCAACGACACACAGAGCUAUGAAAAAGAAAAGCUAGAUGGAAAACUGAAUUACGUCUUGCUCCAUUUGGAUAAAAACCCGAGCACGAGCGUAGCUGAUUCAGUUGCCUACGUCAGAGGUAUAAUUCAGGAUAUAAGAAAGGAAUUUGUCGAGCACGUGUACAUGGAUGGGGACGUGAAUGAGUCGUUCAGGCACAUACAUUUGUCGAGCAUGAAAGUAUUUCAGAUGUUUUUCGAAUCUGCCAAUUUAUUCGACAGCGAGACUGCGCUUGUGGAUGAGAUACAUAAAGCUCUUUAUGUUCCCAUUAUUCAGAAACCAAAGCCCGAGCCCCUGUUAAGCCCACUUGUACCCUUGACUCCUGCAAAUAAUGUAAAGAAUGUGAAGAAGAAGAAGGAUGUAACCGAGAUUCUAGCUAGAUUCUGUCCUGUCACGAGACGUUCGGGUAACAUAGGCUUCAUCAGACCAUUGUUCGUGAAGAACUCAACGUCUUAUGUUGGCCGAGAGAGAAUGAAUGUGAAUGCUCCAAUGCAGUUCAGCUUGUGUUUCAUUUGA